AUGAACAAUUUACAAUUGUUUGAAGUCCCUCCCACUAAUAUUGCUUUAGAAGACUCGAAAUGGGAAGAAUAUUACCCCAUUUCCAGUACUUUAGAUUCGGAGACAGCUCCCAUCGAAUUUGAAAUUAAAGGACAAGGAGAUCACUAUCUGGAUUUAUCUCAAACUUAUCUUCAAUUGGUAUGUCAAUUUACCAAAGACGAUGGAAGUAAUCUGACUGGGGCUAACAGCACUUCGAGUCCAGUGAAUAAUAUCUUACAUUCCAUGUUUACGGAAAUAGAUGUCAGUCUGAAUGGGAAAAUAGUGACCCCGGGGACGGAUACCUAUCCUUACAAAGCUUAUCUGGAGAAAUUAUUGUCAUACCAACCCAGAACUUUAAAGACACAGAUGAGGGCCUGUAGUCUGUGGGAAAAAGAUACGGCAGGACACAUGGACGAAGUGGGGUUAGAGGACCUUGGUGUAGCUCAAAAUAAAACCUUUAAUGUAACUAAAGGUUCAAGUACCGACACGGUGACCAUUAACGAACCCAUCCUCACAGCGUUACCGGACAAUUCUAAAAACGAAGGAUUCCGAAAAAGACACCAAGCUAUUGCUGGGAGUAAGAAAAUCAGUUUGCUGGAUCGUUUACAUCUGGAUUUGUUUCAACAAGAUCGAUUUCUGCCUAAUGGAGUGGACGUCCGUUUGCGAUUUAAUCGAGCUAGACCCGCUUUCUACAUGAUGAUCAAAGGAGGAAGUACAGGAAAAGUGAAAAUUUUGAGUAUGAUCUUGUGGGUGAGAAAAGUCAAACCCACAACAGUCAUGAUGAAUGCCAUUAAUCAGAGUUUGAAUACCCACAGAGCCAAAUAUCCCUUGAGAAGAGUGGAAGUGAAAACCUUUACCAUUGGCUCAGGAACUCAGUCUAAGAUUACGGAUCAUCUAUUUCAAGGCCAGAUGCCUAAACGUCUCAUUUUAGGCUUUGUGGAGAAUGCGGCCUUUAACGGAGAUCAAACUAAAAAUCCCUUUCAUUUCCAAAACUUUGGGAUUAAGAAAUUAGAUGUCAGAGACGAUUGGGCACCGGACAUUACCCUAGAAGAGUAUAAAAGCGGCUACACUCUAUGGGGCUGGGAUUUCACUAAAGAUCAAGAGGCGCAAUCGGAUAAAUUCCACAUCAUAGAAACAGGAAAUCUGAGAGUAGAAGUGCAGUUUACCAACAAUACGGCUAACACCAUCAAUUGUGUGGUGUAUGCAGAAUUCGAUAACCUAUUAGAAAUUAACAAACAGAGAGAAGUGAGCAUUGAUUACUAA